AUGAACCUUAGCUUGAUGCAGCCACUGGCACACCCGGAUCGGUACACGUGGACCAGCAUCUGGAAACUGGAGAGAUCAUUGUCAUCUGCAAGCCGACUUGGUAAUACCAACCGUCGCAGUGUUAUCAAUCAUACACCCAAGCAGCGCCCAUCUUCAGGCAAUAGGUCUGCGAAGAAGUCUGUCGCUGAAGCUGUACCUGAAAGAGAGCACAGUGAAGCCAAGGUGCAAAAGCCCAGGAAAUCGAGCCAGGAGGUCAGGGGUGACAAGGAUGCAGAUAUAGUAGUGGUCGAUGCGAGCGUAUUAGUACACGCCCUCCACCAGGUGAAGAAAAUGGUGCAGAGAUGGACGUGA